AUGGAUUUUAAAAAAAUUUUAUUCACAUGUUUUAUAAUAAUAUUAAUAUGUAUUCUAUUUUCCUAUUUAGAAGUUAAAAAAAAUAGAUUUCUAGAAUUCUUAAAAAAGAAAAAAAAUAUAUGUUUAAUUAUAGCACACCCAGAUGAUGAAAUUAUGUUCUUUUUUCCUACAUUAAAAUUUUUACUUGAUAAAAAAAAAAAAAAUGAAAUUUUUCUUUUAUCUUUAAGUAAUGGAAAUUACUAUGGAUAUGGUAAAAUAAGGGAAAAAGAAUUUUUUAAUAUAUGGUCAUAUUUAGGUGGUGAAAAAGGAAAUUGUAAAAUUUUAAAUAACCCCAAAAUUCAAGACGGUUGGGAUUACUGGGAUGAAAAAGAUACUUCUAAUAUCCUAAAUGAUUAUUGUUCUAAGCAUAAUAUUAAAACAAUUUUAACAUUUGAUAAUUAUGGAAUAUCAGGACAUCCUAAUCAUAUAAGCAUUUUUAAUAGUAUCCGGUUAUUGUCAAAAAUAAAAGAUAUAAAUAUAUUUAUAUUAAAUUCAACUAAUAUAAUUCAUAAAUAUAUGGGAUUUCUUUCAUUUCCUUUUCUUUUACACAAAAGCUAUCUCAUUUCUUUUUUUAAUCCUCUUUUGUUGUUAAGAUUAAUGUUUUUAUACAAAUCGCAAUUUGUUUAUUAUAGAAUACUAUUCUGUAUAUUUUCUCAGUAA